CUAAGUAUCCAAACAGCCCCUUAACUCUCCGGCUCUCCCUCCCUCAAAUUCUCUCUCCUCUUUUCCUGUUAUAUUCACAUCCUACAUCUUUUCCGAAAAAAAAACCCAAAACCCUCAUUGACUUGUAAAAUAUUCAAUCUGUUUCAUUUCAUUCAAUCACAUAACUAUUGCUCCAAAUUACCCAAGUUUCAGUUAAUUUAAUUUAUUAAUUUAUCAAUGGACGAUCGAACUUGGAGUUUUUCCCUCUCUACUUCUUCUUCCAAGUACAAUCAGUCUUCUUACUCUGCUUUUGAUGAUGGUUCAGAUAAUUUAUUGGAUUAUGAAGAGUAUGAUGGAGAUACUGAUGUUGAGGUUGAUUAUCCAUGUCCUUUUUGUUCCGAGGAUUUCGAUAUUGUUGGAUUAUGUUGUCAUAUUGAAGAGGAGCAUUAUGAUGAAGCAAAAAGAGGGGUUUGUCCCAUGUGUGGUACAAGCGUUGGAGCAGACCUGGUUGAGCACAUAGCUUUACAGCAUGAAAACAUCUAUAAGAGCGAGAACAAGACUAGACAUAGUCAUGGUGAUUCUCAGUCUACUCUUGCUUUAUUAAGGAAGGAAAUGCUAGAGAGAAGUUUGAAAUGUCUUCUAGGAAACUCUUCAUCUGUGGUUUCUUCCUCUGAUGCAGCUGUUGAUCAAUUACUCACGUCAUUCGUCUGUAGCUAUUCAACAACUCCUGAGACUGAAAGUAAGCCGUCAUGUUCUAAAGAUGAUUCACCUGUAAAAGAGGAAGUCAUGGAGGAGGAUACACUAGAGAGGGGCAUGAAAAACUGUGUGAUAUCCGAGGAGAAACAGGAGGAACAUGCACAAAAAUGCAAAUUUAUGCAGUCACUUUUGUUCUCAACUAUCCUUGAUGAUGAUUUAUAGUGGUGAAAUUGUGGCAAUAGUAUCAGCUCUGCGGAAUAAUGCUCCAGCUGUUUUGUUAUGGACCUAACCGUGUAACUUAAGUGAAGCAGAUGAAGGAAUCAGGCUGCAGCAAGUAUUGCUAUUGGCAACGUAACAAUGUAACUCUCUGCACAUAGUAUUUACCGUGUGAUAUGGAUCUUGUUGCGAAGAGGUGGACUGGCUGCUUUCUCUGUCAUGGGAUGUGAUUUGGAAGCCAUUUCAGAGGGUGUUUAUGGUGUAGGUUGCAGAAUGGCAGCUUUAUAGUUUAUACCUCAUCCUUGUUUCUGUUUUAUGUUUUUGGCAAUGCGUUGUAUGAGAUGGUGGUAAAAUGUCUUAUUGUGAGACUGAUAUGACUCUUUAUUUCAGAAACGAUACCUAUACAUUGUCAGGGCCCUCAGGGGUUAUUUUUCA